GAGCGGCGGCGGCGGCGGCGGCGGCACCAUGGGCCGGGCCCGGCGCUUCCAGUGGCCGCUGCUGCUGCUGUGGGCGGCCGCGGCGGGGCCAGGGGCAGGACAGGAAGUACAGACGGAGAAUGUGACAGUGGCUGAGGGCGGGGUGGCCGAGAUAACCUGCCGACUGCACCAGUAUGAUGGAUCUAUAGUUGUCAUUCAGAACCCCGCCCGGCAGACCCUCUUCUUCAAUGGUACCCGAGCCCUGAAGGAUGAGCGUUUCCAGCUUGAGGAGUUCUCCCCGCGCCGGGUACGGAUCCGGCUCUCAGAUGCUCGCCUGGAGGACGAGGGGGGCUACUUCUGCCAGCUCUACACAGAGGACACCCACCACCAGAUUGCCACGCUCACUGUACUGGUGGCCCCGGAGAAUCCUAUAGUGGAGGUCCGGGAACAGGCGGUGGAGGGCGGCGAGGUGGAGCUCAGCUGUCUUGUUCCACGGUCCCGCCCGGCUGCUCUCCUGCGCUGGUACCGGGACCGAAAGGAACUGAAAGGAGUGACCAGCGGCCAGGAAAAUGGCAAGGUCUGGAGCGUGGCAAGCACAGUGCGGUUUCGUGUAGACCGCAAGGACGAUGGCGGUAUCGUCAUCUGCGAGGCGCAGAACCAGGCGCUACCCUCCGGACACAGCAAGCAGACGCAGUACGUGCUGGACGUGCAGUACUCCCCGACGGCCCGGAUCCAUGCCUCCCAAGCUGUGGUGAGGGAGGGAGACACACUGGUGCUGACGUGUGCUGUGACGGGGAACCCCAGGCCUAACCAGAUCCGCUGGAACCGCGGUAAUGAGUCUUUGCCCGAGCGGGCGGAGGCAGUCGGGGAGACGCUUACGCUGCCCGGCCUGGUAUCCGCGGAUAAUGGCACCUACACCUGCGAGGCGUCGAACAAGCACGGCCACGCGAGGGCGCUCUAUGUGCUCGUGGUCUACGACCCUGGUGCGGUGGUAGAGGCUCAGACGUCGGUGCCCUACGCCAUUGUGGGCGGCAUCCUGGCGCUACUGGUGUUUCUGAUCAUCUGUGUGCUGGUGGGCAUGGUCUGGUGCUCGGUACGGCAGAAGGGCUCCUAUCUGACCCAUGAGGCCAGUGGCCUAGAUGAGCAGGGAGAAGCGAGAGAAGCCUUUCUCAAUGGCAGCGAUGGACACAAGAGGAAAGAAGAAUUCUUCAUCUGACCCCACCUCCACCCCAGGCCUGGGCCUGGGCUGGGGUCCACCCCACUGCCAGCUGCAAAGACAUUUACCAGAGUCUGGGAUGGUGGGCUUCUCCCCCCACCACUAACACCUCAGACGCUUGGACAGGGAUGGGGGUGUUGGCUGCCUGGGUCUCUACAAGGGCCAGAAGCAAGGGCCCAGAGGUCUGGGUCCCCCGAUGUGGGGGCAAGGGCCAAAGGUCCAGACCCCCUAAGUCCAGGGAGGGCGGUAGGGAUUGGGUUGGGGUAAGAUAACUGGGGGAAGGCCAAGGCCCCUAGGCUGCAGUCCCAGGUCUUGUGGGGAGGGGUCAGAUUCUGGGAAGGGUGGGGUGGGCAGGGAAGGGGAACAGAGAUUUCUUUGGGGGUUCCAGACCCCAUGCCAGCCAUUGUAGGAGUUCCACAGAGCUCUGGGCACCUCUUUGCAAAGCCAUGUUUGCACGGUGGGGGUAAGGGUGGGGGGAGGGCAUGGAAACAGGGAUUCUGUGUCUUUGUGUCAUAACUUUGAUGGGGGCGGUGAGGGAGACAGCCCCAACUUUGCUCCAGUCCCCUUUCCCCAGCUCCUGGGCUCUCCUCCCCUCCCCUCCCCCCAACAUCUGUCCCAUCCAUCUUUGUCUCUGUCCACCCACUCCUGGGGGGGCCUUCCCCAUCUCUCCUCCAGGCCCCCCGGGGAGGGGGAAAGGAGUCUGGGGGGAGGGUGCAUUGCUCUCUAUGGUUUUAUAUAUAAUAUAUUAAAAAAAUAAAAAAUCUGUAUGAAAA